AUCAGUUUUCUUCUUCCUCGGAGGGUUGAUAAGCUGUCUUCUUAAUUCUGCUUCCUCACUGUAAAAUGGAAGCUGCAGGUUACAUACAGAGGUUUCACAGGCAUCAUCCGAAAGACCACCAAAGUUCUGGGACUGUUAUGAAGCACAUCAAAGCCUCCACAGAUAUUGUUUGGUCAUUGGUGAGGAGGUUUGAUGAGCCACAGAAGUAUAAGCCAUUCGUCAGCAGGUGUAGGGUGAAUGGUGUUGCAAUUGGGAGUCUCAGAGAGGUAAACGUCAAGUCAGGACUUCCAGCCACCACCAGCACUGAAAUGUUGGAACUUCUUGAUGAUAGUGAACAUAUUCUUGGAAUCAAGAUAGUUGGAGGUGAUCACCGCCUAAAGAACUACUCAUCGGUCAUUACGCUGCAUCCGGAGAUGAUUGACGGGAGGCCAGGAACGCUGG